UCCGGCCCCGCCCCUGCGCUCGCCCUCGCUCCUGCUGACAUCGCGUGCAUGGAGCGGGCUGCAUCUGCCCAAAGGAGCUCCGCCGAGGCCCGAGGUCCCAUGGCCCCCGGAGCUGGAGCGCCCGAGGGCUCUGGCAAUGUGAAGGCUUCACCUUCAGGUGAAAAGUCUGACCUUGUUGUGGCCGUUGUGACAGAACCUCGGUUUACACAGUGUUGCAGGGAAUAUCUGGAGAAGCAACAGCUCUUGGAUAGGCAGCACCGUGUGAAGCAGCUCCCUGACGGUACCAUGGCACUACCUGUUCUGGGAGAGACCCUCAGUGAGUGGCACCUACAAGCACUGAGGAAGCAAGGGGCCCCUGGGAGCACCUGCAGGCUGGCACGGAUCCCAAAACCUGUUCCCUCUAAGAAAGCUCAGAGCUCUUCUCCUGGCCAGAAUCUAUGUCAGGAUGUGCGGCAUCUAGUGGAAAGCCAGGGGCACAUAUGGUCAGCUGAACUAGAGAAAGAUCUUCCCCACUCCUGGCAAUGUCAUGGUGACCUCCUCCUGCUCAAUGAGAAUAGCUUCAAAGCUACCUAUUGGAAAAAACUGGAACCAGGACUCUGGAAGACUGUUGCCUCUGCCCUAGGAGGCUUGCGUUUAGCAAAACGAGGACGUGUGUCCCCAGGUGGGACACGAACUCCCAAAGUAAUCCUGCUUCUGGGUGAUCAUGGCUGGGUAGAGCAUGUGGAUAAUGGAAUCAGGUACACGUUUGAUGUGACCCAAAGCAUGUUCUCCUUUGGAAACAUCACUGAGAAGCUGCGGGUAGCAUCAAUGUCCUGUGCUGGAGAAGUACUGGUGGAUCUUUAUGCAGGGAUUGGUUACUUCACCUUGCCAUUUCUGAUUCAUGCGAAUGCUGCCUUUGUCCAUGCCUGCGAGUGGGACCCGCAUGCUGCAACAGCCUUGAAGAAGAACCUGGAGCUCAACAGUGUGGCAGAUCGCUGCUGUAUUCACCUGGGGGAUAACAGGAAGCUGAAGUUACGGAGCAUUGCUGACAGGGUGAAUUUGGGGCUUAUCCCCAGCUCUGAGGAGGGCUGGCCCAUUGCCUGCCAGGUACUGCGCCAGGACACAGGGGGCAUCUUGCAUAUCCACCACAAUGUGGAGUCUUUUCCCGGCAAGGAGCUUCAACUCCCCAACAGCAGCGAGGCAGGGCAGAAGGAGCAGAGAGCUGCCAGGAAUUCGGGAAGGCAGACACCGGCAAAGAUUGCCAAGCUAGAAUGGCGAAGGUGGGCUGAGACUGUGGCUGCUCACAUUGGAGUCCUACUUCUUCAGCAGCACGGGAAGCUGUGGAAGACACAAAUCCUGCGUGUUCAGCGUGUGAAAUCCUAUGCUCCUCAUGUUCAUCAUUUAGUUUUGGAUUUAGACUGUCGCCCCCUCUCCUGCUCUUUUGGGGAGGCAGUUGGGAAAGCUGAGAUGAGCUGUGAUCAGGAGCCUGAGGUCUGAGGCCUGGGCUCCCAGUGACUGGGAGUUGGGAAUUCAGCAGUUUGCUUAUACUUCUUGCCCCCUUAGCCCCUAGAAACUCAUCUUUUUCAUUUUUAUAAGAAAUUUUUAGAAUCACUGUUCGUUAGAAUAAUCUCUUCCAAGGGCUUGGUAUAAAUCUGUGCCUGAAUGCUCCAGUCA